AUGGCAGUGGAAACAGACGUUGCGGCCGAAACAGCUCCAGCUGUCGAGUUGACUCGAAUCGAGAAAACUUUGCGGCACCUGUUACUCGACGUGGUGGAAUAUAUUAAACAAAAGGGCGUCAGGAACGGCAAUGAGUCUGCAGCCGGUGAACUGGUGCUACGAUUCACGGGAGGUUGGGUUCGCGAUAAAUUACUGGGAGUGGAAAGCCAUGAUAUCGAUGCGGCCUUCACAAGAUUGAAGCAAAUCCCGGAAAAGUCCAAGCAUCUGGAAACGGUGGCCACGAAGAUCUUUGGAUUAGAAGUUGACCUGGUGAAUUUACGAAAGGAAACCUAUUCGGACCACAGCCGGCAUCCGGAAAUGGAAUUUGGCACCGCCGAAGAAGAUGCUCUCCGCAGAGAUGCGACGCUGAAUGCUUUGUUUUAUAAUCUUCAUACAUCAUCCAUUGAAGAUUUCACCGGCAGGGGCAUAGCGGAUCUAAACUCGCAACUGAUCCGCACGCCUCUUCAACCGUACCAGACUUUUAAAGAUGAUCCAUUACGAGUUUUGCGUUUGAUUCGGUUUUCUAGUAGACUUGGCUAUCGAAUUCAUCCACUUACAGAGGAUGCCAUGCAACACGACGAUAUCAAGAGCGCUCUUAAAUUGAAAAUUAGCCAGGAAAGAAUCGGCGCUGAAGUUGAGAAGAUGCUCAAAGGGCCUGAUCCCCUCAGGGCACUGCAUAUUAUAGACCGCCUUAAACUCUAUGAUACCAUAUUUGCGAAUCACCAAGAUGAUGUUGUUGUCGACGUGUCUUGUUGGAGUCGGGCUUACCAGCCGCUUAUGGCUAUACUUGAUGAUAAUUAUGACCAGGAAUUUGCUACACAGCAAGACCGCGCUUUUCUACGCAAUGUCCUUCUCCGGGAUAAAGAUGAUGUAUAUCAUUCCUGGAUGCUAGCAGCUUUGUCUCCCUGGGCAGUGGUCCCACAAGUAGCAGCUCUGCCCAACAGAAAGGAACUACCCCCCAGAGCAGCAACGGUAGCUCGGGAUAGUCUGAGAGCUGACAAUAAGACAUUUAAUAUUUUGAAAUCUACUGUCAAAUAUUACAGGGAUGUUUCUGACCUCAAAUCAGCGUUCUUGAAACGCGAACUUGGCCAGACAUUACCUGAUAUUCGCUGGAGACUUGGUCAUUCCAUUCGUCUAAUGGGUGCCGACUGGCGUCUGUGUGUUGUUCAGGCUAUAAUCCUGGAGACAAUGCAUGGGGAAGAACCGAGAACGGGUAAGUCCUUCUAG